AUGGCUUCCACUCCUUUGAAUGCCGAAAGACCCACAUCGCGAGCAGACAAUGUCUGUCUGUCUUGCCGGCGGAAGAAAAAGAAGUGCGACAAGGCGCUGCCCAAGUGCCUCCAGUGUCAGAAGUUGCAUAUACAAUGCGUAUACGAGGAAGACGCCGAUACUGUGCCCAUGUUGGAGGAGUUCCGCCAGCUGCGGAAAAGACUAAAGACGUUUGAGGGACUGCUCAUUCCUGGAACGUCCAAAAUCUCUAAUUCGACUCCUUUGGAUGCCAACUUCGUUUCGCGUCUCGAGGCAGUGGCCACAACGCUGGACGUGGGUGAUGAAGUCUACCAACUCCUUCAGUCGCACCCGGGAGAGAUAUACGGGGCAUCUCAUUGUUACUUUGACAACAUCCACAAAUGGAUGCCCAUCAUGUCGCGGAAGCUAUUCUACCGCAGGUUGACGGAAUUUAGCAAAACGAAGCGUCCGGAUUUUGCGAUCCUACUGCUGUGCAUUCUCCUAUCAAUCCACUAUCCUACAAGUAGUACAGCACAGGAACCGUUAUACAGGGCAGUGCGCUCCAUCUACUGGUACUUGAAUGCAACUGUAGAUGCGUCUCUGGAGAUGAUCCAGGCAGGGAUUCUGCUUUCAUGCUACGAGUAUGGCUUUGGCAUGCACAAGGAAUGCUACAAGACUAUUGGCUUAUGCGUACGCAUGGGUCAUUGGAUGGACCUGCACAACGAAAAGCCCCCAUCUGAUAUUCCUCAAAGCAGCGACGAAUGGACCGAGACAGCCGAGAGAUGCAACAUUUGGUGGGCACUGGUCAUACGCGAUAGGUCGACUUUACUGCCCGAGGCCACAUUGACUAAGCCGUUUGCACACUACCAAGAAUCAAUGCCGAAGCACCUUCCCUUUGAAGCCGCCGAUCUCGAUUCUUCAUUCACGGGAGUUGGCGAAGAUGGCGUUGCUCGUGACAAAAGAGCGCUUGGUGGGUUUGGCUACCAAGCAGAGGCGUGGCGAUUGUUUGACCGGACAAUCUCCUUUCGUCAACGCUUGGCGAUGGCUUCAGAGUCAGAUUUUCUGGGUGAUGACAAGUUUCAACUAGACGCUGAGCUCCAAGACCUGAUGCGCACUCUUGUCGAUCUGAACAAGGGUGCUAAAUGUGGCUUCUGUGAACCUUCUGCUAUAGUGCUCGUGUCCCUCCUCCUACUUCACACUCGACAUCCGUAUGUCACGGCAGAAGCUCUAAGUAAAGGCGAAGUGGGACGGUUUCCAGCCCAUUGCACUGUAGCAUCGUCUCUGGCUGUCCAGACUAUAGUCCGCAUGAUUGUUGACAUAUCACGGACAAUAAAUCACCACUACUUUGACAUUAACGUGCUGUCUUUUCCUCCAUCGUAUAGCCAUGUCGUCUAUCGUGCUACUUUGGAGCUGAUAUCUUUCCAUGGCGACAUGGAUAACGCGGAGUGGACCACGGCAUUAGAAACGCUGCGCGAGGCCACCUGGAACUACGGCAGGAGAUGGCAGGCUGCAGCCAAGAAUCUCCAAUCGGUGGACAGUAUACUUACAAGUAUGCUAUCGGCACCAUCCACCUUCAACUCCUUUCAGCCCAUGGAAAAUGACCCAUGUUUGGUCGCUUUACUCUCCAAGUAGGCGAUGUAUGUUGAAAUACUAGGAGUU